AUGGAAGUUUUCGAUCGGCAGGAUGUGAUUCAAGUCGUGCUAUUUUUGAAAUCCGGAGAGCUGCAAAAAAUUGAAGUGGUCAAUGCUGGUGACAAGGAAUAUGCGUUAGAUUUGAAUGGAAUUGGUGAACUAGACCAAUGGAAGCUGGCCAUGGAGAUAGAUAAUCACAGUUUUUUGAUUAUGGCGCCAGAAGCUUAUUUCUAA